AUGGGUGUGAAGAUCCUGACCAUCUGCAUCGAACACUGAUUUAUCUAGUAGUUCCAAUCGCUUGUCAUCCAAAUCGUGCAUCUCUGGGCAAUGGGACAUGGAAUCAGCAGCAGCCAUGGACCCUGCCUGUCCACUUUGCCAAUCUCUCAUGUAAGUGAGUUUCAAGAUCCUAGAAGCAUCGAUUGUUAACCGGUCUUUCAGGCUUUCGGCCUCGCAGCGGUAUCGUUCUCUACGAACGUUGGCAUGCCGCUGGUCCUACCUCCGACAUCCCUAAUUCCAAUGUAAGCCUUACGCUGGACCUACUGCGUGAUCCCGGAGCACGAUCGCUGUUCUCCGUUCCUUCGACGCUAGAAGAUAUCGUGAGUUUGGAAGACGACAGAUGGCGGAACAGUCUCGCCAAGCUUGACCUCAUCUGCUUCGGCGGCGGAGUCCUGAAAGAUUUCGUGGGAGUGAAGCUGAAAGGAGCAAAAGUCGCGCUCUGCAACUCAUACGGAUCUACAGAGACGGGUCCUAUCAGUUCGGCCUUCGUACCUUCUUCUGACCAGGACUGGCGGUACGUGCGUCCUCGCUCGACCGCACGCGCAGAAUUUCAUCCGAUCGACGUUGAUAGAGACGGCAGACAGCUGUACUCUCUCACCGUCAAGCCUCCUGGUUUCGAAAGCCCAUUUGAGAUGCAGGACCUCAUCGUGAAGAACGAUGCCGGGGAAUUUGCCGUCAUCGGCCGUAACGACAACUUGAUCAUCCUGGCGAAUGGAGAGAAAUUCUCGCCACACAUAUUAGAAGCAACGCUCACUAGCAGCCCAAUGAUCAAAGAAGCGAUUGCUUUCGGACAAGGCCAAGUCGAAGUUGGCGUGUUGAUCCAAACGGUCCAUGAUGUUGUUCACGGCCGAGAGGACGAGUUCCUGGAGCAUUUUUGGCCAAUUAUAUCCGAAGCCAACCUGAGCAGCGACAAAUAUGCUCAGAUCGCUUCGAACGAUUCCAUAAUCCUAAUUCCACACGAUGCGGAACUACCUCGGUCCGCCAAAUGUGAGAUACUCCGGAAAGAAACAUAUCAAAUCUUCCAGGAUGACAUCGAGGCUUUCUAUCUCGGCGAACAGUCCGCAAACACCAGCAAGGAGUUCUCCAAUAGCAAUCCGGAGGAGAACAUACUGAAUCUAGUGCGAGAACGGCUCGGCGAGAAGGGGACAGACGCGGAAUUGAAUCCUGACAACGACGUAUUCUCCUUAGGACUCGACUCUCUCCAGACUCUUCAUCUGCGACGCCACAUCACGGCAAGUUAUCGUGCGCCUGACGGCCACAAGUUCUCCAACGAGGAGCUUCCAAGAGAUUUCAUCUACCAAUAUCCGUCGGCCAGAAAGAGGGCGGACGCUCUGAGGAAGUCAAAGUUCUCGCAGGCAGCGGCUGGGCAGAGCUCAUUGGAGGAGCUCUUGAAUCGAUACCGAGUCUCCCCUGGUGGCUCGCCUCCUCCUCGAACUUCUGUGGUCCUCGUCACCGGGGCCUCUGGCGGUAUCGAGUCCAAUAUUGUUGCCCAUCUGGCCCACUUAGAAAAUGUCGCCGCUGUCGUCAGUUUGAACCGCCAGGUGGACGGCGAACCCAAACCGAAGAUAUCAAUGACAGCGGCCGGUAUUGAUCUCGACAAAGAAGCCGAGAAGAAGAUCGUCGUCAUGACCGGCAACACGACAGUGUUGGAUCUAGGCCUAUCAAGAGAGCAGAUCCGGUUCAUUCGUGUGAAUGUUACCCAUGUAAUUCAUGCCGCGUGGCCCAUGGACUUCAACAGAGCCCUCGCCUCCUUCGAAGAUGCAUUUCAGUCCCUGACAAAUCUGAUCAAGCUUGCGCAGCAGAUUCAUCAAUAA